GAUGUAGCAACUCGUUAGUAUGAUUGUUAAAAGAUAAAAGAAUGGGCUUAUGAUUGCCCUAUUAGUGUAUCUAAAAUCUGGACACAAUAAACCAAAGUACAUUAGGAAAAUUUUUAGAAAUUUCUCAUUCCUUCUGUGUGUGAAUUGAAGGAGCAAAGAGAAGUGCAACCAUAGUUUGUGUAGGCUUAUUACGAACUGAGCUAGCCUACGUUGUACAAUUGGUUACAACAGACUAUUGCUAACGCCACACAGGUCAUCUAAAAGCUAGUUAGACGAAUACCACAUUGCUUUUAUGUUCAAAAGUAUCUUCUAUGUGCCAAGUUGCUCCCAAUAAUAUUCAGAAUAUCAAUAAAGAUUAAGGUAUAUGAACUGUUACAUUCGCAUGAGCUGGGAAAUUGUCGUGUAUUUGUCCACUGGGAACGCACCCUUGGUGUCACAUGGCACCGAUGCCAUAACGACAAUGUAAACAAAGCUCAGCGACGAUUCAGCCGAUCAGCCUGAUUAGUUAUCAUAAGAAUUGACUGAGAAUAAUUUACGAUAUAAAGAAAACAUUAAGCUCAUAUAAUUAGGCAAAGGUUCUAAGCACAAUGACAGAAAAUUUUAUUUGUCAAAUUUGUGAGAGCUGCACUCCUAAGUAUAAAUGCCCAUCCUGCCUCAUAAGAUACUGCAGUGUUGCUUGCUACAAAUCUCACAAGAGUGAAACGAGUAAUGCAGCCACAAAAUGCUCCACUCCUCAGCCUUCAGAAAUGGCUUCAAACCCAGGAAAAAAUCCAUCUUCAUUGAUAGAUGUAGCCCCCGAAGUAUUAGCAACUCCAGCUCCCCCUGUCCACAUGGAGAAGCUUUUACUGCCAACUCAAGAUACUGUGCCACCUGAUAGACUGGAGGAACUACGUAACAGUUCGGAAUUAAGGACACUACUCCAGAGUCAGGACCUAAGAUCGCAGCUGCAGGACUUGGCGUCUUGCACCACAGGACCCGAAGCAGCUCCUUUGCUGGACAACUGGCUGCGUGAAAAUAGAGACUUCAGACGAUUUGCUGACGUCUGCCUCAAUAUAGUUGCUCCUGAGCGCAAUACUUACAGAGAAGAUUGGACUCAGGAUGAAAAUAUUUGAUAUGCAACGGGGCAAUACUAUCCUAUUUUUAUUGAUGAAAAAAAAAAUUAAAAACGUACAAAUAAUCACAAUUUUUCUGGCACAUAAUUAUCCUGCUCUAAAUGUCAAUUAUUCCUCGAUGAGACGAGCCAUUGCCAACUACGAAACUGCGAGAUCUGUUUUAAAUACGACUUGAGUAGUGCAUAAUCAUACAUCAAUUUUAUCAUAGGAGAAUUGAACAAUAAACGCACUCGGGCUUGCCAGCAGACGUUUCCUAAAUGGUGAGUGACCAACUGGAAGCUUUUCGCAGGUUCUAAGUUAAUUUGUAUGCCUAAAUACCGAUUGUUAAGUUAUUUUUUUUAAUGCAAGUACCGGUACUACAAUCAUUCAGAAAAUGUGACUCAUGGUAGUGGUUUAAUGGUUAAAAUUAGGUUAUAAUUUAUGUAAUUCGGUUUAAUUUUGGAGUACUUUUUGCGUUAUUGCGUUAAUGUAUUGAUAGUGAAAUAAAAAUCAUCACAGACGA